UCAUGAUGACAGAUAGAGUAUAACAGAAAGCAUUUAUUUAGAGCCGACUAUGAGUAGUCUAGUAUUGUGAAUUUUGUUGAUUAAUAAAUAAAAUUAGUAAAAAUGGCAAUGAGAAAUUUAACGGAACCAUUCAUUUUGAUGCGGAAUAAUGCAUUACAAAGCAAACACAUAUAUGCUGAACAGAAUCUGUCCGAUCGAAUGGCGUUAGUGGCUCCAGAGACUGGCAGUUCCGAUAGUGUAGAAUUAAGUAACAUCAAUUUGGAAAGUAACGCGCCACCUGUUUGGAUAGAUGCUUUGGAAGAGACACAGUAUAUUUUAAGUAGAUUACGAGUAAAGAUAGACAGCCUAAUAGAGUUACAAGCUAAACAGUUAACCAGACCAACAUUAGACGAUACGUCAAAGGAAGAGAGACAAAUGGAGCAACUAACGCGAGAAAUAGGACGCGCAUUUUCGAGCGGUUACCGCCAGGUACAAUCUAUUAAAACUACUGCCAGACACAAUAACAAACCUGUAGAGCGUCGGUUAGCCUCGAACGCAGUUAUGGCUCUUUCCACUGCUUUGCAAGAAUUGGGUUUUCGAUACAGAUCAGCUCAGAAUUACUACUUAACACAGGUAAAAUCGAGAGAAGAGAGGAGCAAUCAAUUUUUUACCGAAGAUCAAUCUAUAUUUUCAAAUAACACUGGAACAGACACAUGGUUAAUGGAAUCCAGUGAAACAAACUCAGAGACUUGGCACGUCAAUGAACAACGACAAGAUUCCGUACUUUUACAACUGGAAGAUACGGAAGAUAGAAUAAAGUUAGCAGAGGAAAGAGAAGAACAAAUUGGCAGCAUAGUUCAAAGUAUAGCGGAUCUUCGGUAUAUAUUCAAAGACUUAGCAAAUAUGGUGCAGGAUCAGGGCACUGUCUUGGAUAGAAUCGAUUUUAAUAUUGAGCAAACGCAAGUACAGGUACAGGAAGGCUAUAAACAAUUGAAAAAGGCGGACUCUUAUCAGAGAGCCAAUAAAAAAUUGUACUGUAUAGUCAUUCUUGCAGCGGCAAUUAUCGUAGUUAGUUUUCUUUUCAUCAUAUUUAAGACGUAAGGCACGAUAUCCAUAUGAAUUGGGCAAAAAGUAAUAUGUAGACAAUUCUUGAUGGGAAACAUAUUUAAAACACGUAUUCUGCGCGGGAAAAAUUAUUUAUAGACGAUAUUAUAAAUAUCGUAAUAAGUGAGAUGAGCAGGAGAAUGGUGCCGCACUGAUAAUUC